UUGCAUACAGUAUGCCCAGCCAUAAUGACAAUCCCAGACUGAAACUUUCAUUGUGGAACCCCAUGGAGCCCACAGACACUAAAGAUUGUCAGAUAAAUAUAGCCAUACCCGGCGUAACCAAUGACAAUCAACACCAAGCCGCAACAUUCACAACACUUGGACGAGAAGAAAAAAAGUUGAUUGCUAGUCACUUAGAUAGCUUGGUGCACGCGUACCAAGAAGAAUACGUUGAGCACAUGGCUACCUAUGAGUAUGCCACUGUACCCAAAAGCAAAGCACAGGAUAUCGAUGCAGGUCUAUAUGUUGAUACAGAGUUUGACGAUCACGUUGGAAUGUGCCCCAAUCAUCAACCUGGACUAGUCAAGGCGCGUGAUACCACUGGCGAUAAAGCCCGAUAUUGCUUUGGGGGCAGUAGCCUACCGGGUGAGCGUGUGUGUGACGCUGGCAUACCAGACUUCGCAUCCCCAGCAGAAGUUCACGGUGAUGACAAUUACUCUACGGUGCAAUUAUACGAGAAGACAUUCGCAUAUCAUGCAAAUUACUACAUGUCCACAUUCUCACGUGAGUUACUCGAUGGUGUGAGUGAAAUGAGCGACCGAGAUGCCAUUACCAUAUCCACACAGGGCACAUGGAAUCGCAUUGAAAACGUUGUCUCUCUAAGUAAGCGGUGGAAGGGCCCAAUCUCAUUUGCAUUGCUGCUUGAUGGCAGGGAACAGCUGGCGGAGCUGGAGGCGCUAGUGGCCUCCAAUGAGCAUAUUGCGAAGUAUGUAGAUUUCCACGUAGUCUGGAGAAUGGACCACCACCACACAGAUACAGAUGCGUUCUACCCAAUCAAUCUGCUCCGCAACAUGGCUUUGCAUCCAGUUAUUACUUCGCACGUGUUCAUCAUCGAUGUCGAUAACAUUCCCAAUGCACCCCACGACCGCUAUCUGGAAUGGAUUGAGAGCGCCGAAGAGUCGACACAAGUUAAGGAUAUAGACAGUAAGAGUGCGUGUCCGGGUCUGCAUGCAUUUGUCCCACCCGCUGUGGAAAUGAAUGCCGAGGCGCUAGCGGCUAUGUACUCUGAGAAUGAGUCUGAUGAUACUAUCACCAAGUCUCAGGUGGUGGAUGGUUUCUUCGACGGGCGCGUAUCACCCAUGCACCUUUACUUCAGUCCCGCAUACAUCCCCACCAAUCACUACACGUGGGCAGAGUCGACCGAGGUAGAUCUACUACCAUACUUGACACGAUUCGAACCGUACUACGUUGCUCGCAUGCCUAUCCCAGUGUUCAACGAUACCUUCGUGAAUCGAGGCGGCAAUUUUGCGCAGCAGAUGUAUGAGAUGGCGGCUGGUGGCUACUCGCUACAUCGUCUGCCCGAGGCCUUCAUUGUGGACAUCCCACAUACCAAGGAGACAGCCGUUGACAAGACAGAGCCAAACGCACCGGACACACCAGAUGCAACGGAGGCAACCGUAGAGGUGGAGGUGGAGGUAGAGCCAUCGGCGAAUGAGGUUGUAUUGGCAAAGCAAGUUUUGGGAGGCGAAGGGUUGAAUGGCAACACGGCACAGCCCACCAUUGAAGAACACAAGUAUGCAAGUGUUACUGACGCGCAGAAUACUGUGGAGAAGGAAAAUCCCCAGAAAUCAAAUGCAGACGAAGAAACCACCGCAGUUGAGGAAAAUAUGACACAACAGGCGCACAUGGACGAGAACUUCGUGGCUACCAUGUGGGACAACUUCCACGCGUAUGUUGUGCACAGAUAUCGAUUCAAUAUGCCUACCCCUCAAACGGGUGAUCCACAAUUCCGAACGUACCGAAGAUCGCAGGAAAAGGCUAUUGAAGCAUUGUGGCAUAUGCUUGGAUCGAAGGAAUCGAUACAAACCACUUGAGACAUAUGCAAUAGCAUACAUCACUCAUGUAGUGGAAUUUAGAAAGUAUCAGGUUACGAGAUCUCGUGGGGAAGUGCUUCACAAUGAACCCUUAUGCUUGAAAAAAUAUUAGCAAAAAAAACACCUCAAUACAAGCA